UGCUCGCGUGGAGUCUGUUGUUAUUGCCGUCCGCCGCCGAAGGUGGCAGUUGAAUAAGGUUUUAUAACAGAUAUCAGAGGAGAGGUGAUAUGUCUUCAUAUCUCCACACAAUUAUGUAGUGUACUCAUGACGGAAGAAUGCAGUUCAAAGCUCAACAUUUUAAAGACGUGCGAUGCCAAAAGGCCCGUCAAUAAGUAGAGGCGACCACAUGGGCUGCUCGGCUUCGAUGACAGGGAUGGGGCGGGCGGGCCCCGCUCUACCCGAGCCCGAGGCGCCCCCGCCGGUGGACCCGCGCCUUCCCCUGGACGCUCGGCAGAAAUUCCACCUGGAGAAGUCGUGGAAGUCCGUCGCCAGGAAUAUCGACAGGGCCGGGAUGUUUAUGUUCCUCAGGUUGUUCCGUGACUGUCCUGAGAUGAUAGAGAAGUACCCCGAGCUGCGCGGGAUGGAUGAUCAGGAGGAGCUGCGCAACAGCCAGUUCCUACAGGAGCACUCCCAGCGCGUGCUCGACGCCUUCGACCACACCAUCGACUCGCUGGAUGACGUGGACUACGUCAUCCAACUCCUGAAGAAGAUCGGCCAGAUGCACGCGGACUUGGAGCUCAAGCCGGACGACAUGUGGAAGCUUGAGCAGCCAUUCCUGGCGGCCGUAGCGGAGUGUCUGGAGGACAGAUACACACCCAAGUUCCAGGAGAUCUACAGCAAGCUCAUCACCUUUAUCAUAGAACACGUGGUCAACGGCUUCGAUCCACACUGAGGAAGGAAGACCUGUAAUUCGUUAGCUAGAGCUGACGUGGAUUUCACUACAGAACACUGGGUUAAUAGCUUCGACCCGAACUGACAAAAUAUGCCUAGUAUUGAUUAGUAGGCUGGACCUAGCAAAUCGGAGAAAAGUCAGAUGUCUCAAAGGUCACGUUGUGCUGUAAAUGUGUUUACAGAUGUCAGCGGUAUGAAACAUUUGGACUUGAAAGUGUACAACAUGGAUGAUAUGUCUUUGCUGAGUGAUGAACAGAAACAGGGCAAACGUCAGGUUUAAACUAUUUCAUUUCACAACAUCCAGGGUGAAACAAUACGCUAUAUGCAAAGGCCAGUAACCGACUUUAUGAUAUUGGUGGAAUUCUGUAUUUUUGUAGUAGUUUUGAAUCAGAGGAAAGUUUCGAAUACAUCCUGUGUUAUGUCGUGAAUAAUCAUUGUAGUCAUCAGGCGGUCGACCACACGUGCUUCGUCAUUGAUUAUGGAGUCAGUUAAGCCUGCGUUAAGCUUGACAGGCAUACAGAACUUUAUAUUUACUAUCCGGUACUUCUUUAUCGCUUUAGAGUGGAUAGAACGGAUUUGAACGUCCUUUAUUCUCUUCAAGUAUAUAUCCUUGCCAACGAGACAUUCAAAUGGACAUCACUUUUUCCUGCACUUUAUGUGAUCCUCUUUCCACAGUUUUUGUGGUUUGGUGAAACCUCUCAACCGGCCGACCAAAAAGGGUUAACGUCUGCAUUGAUUCUGCACUUACAGAGUUACGGAUGAAUGUAUAUCAAAUGCUAUAAAACGAUUUCCGAGCGAACGCCUUGGUUUCCUUUGUGAUCCCUGUACCCAGCAUGGCCUCAAUUGUACAGAAAGUCUCAUGCAGUUUGCUACUGGUAUGACCCCUUUCAGAGGUCACGAUUUUCACAGAAAAUGCUACUCCCUCUGCCACAGACAAGGAAUUUUAUAUCCAUUUUAAAGAAGCAAUAAUAAAGACAUAAUUCUUCUA